GCGGCGAGAAACCUUCGCGAAAAGUAUUGAAUCGAUGACGUCACAAAAGACGAGACAGUGGAAGGAGUAGACGGGGGCAGACGGUCGCGCGUUGAAAAAUGUCCGAUUACUUAAAUUUAUCGGCUACGUGAACGAGUGGUAAACAGAGUUGCGGAUCGCGGUGCGACGAGCGGGUUGACGAGCGUACGCCGGCGGUAUCGGCAAAUUCGACGUGUUAUCGCGGUGGAGACGGCGCGUUCUUGGACACGUGCGCGAGAAAUACGGCUCGCCGCUUCCGAUGGUCGCAUUCGGCUAUGACGGUUCGAUCGCACCGAAAAGUCCUGACAAAAUAAAACGAGUGGAACGGCCUCGUCGUAGCAAGGUGUCGCGCGCCAAGGUGCCACACAGGAUCACGAUAACCGUGCGCACCAACGGAUUAAAGCGGAUUUUGAGCCGGCGAGCGUUUGAGUAAAAGCAACACCACCGGCUCUUCGAAGCGCGGAUUAUCCGAACGAGAAUGGAGAUUGCCAAGGAGGAAUGAUAGAUGUUAGAAUGCAAGUGACUGAUGACGUAUGGACACAAAAAGGAAAACAAAUGUUGCCGCAGGAUGCAAGAAGGUAACACCGCCGUUGCGCUAGCGAUGGUGACUCCUGGAUACGAUCAGGACCCUGCCAGCGGGGUCGCGGACUAUACGACUCAUCAGGAUCAGGCUCAGUUCGAGGCUGACAAGAGGGCCGUAUACAAACAUCCGCUCUUUCCGUUGUUGGCGUUACUCUUUGAAAGAUGCGAGCAGGCGACCCAGAGCUCGGACAACUCCACAUCCGAAAGCUUCAACAUGGAUAUACAGGCCUUCGUCCAACACCAAGAAAGAGACCGAAAACCCUUCCUGAUCAAUGACCCCGAGAUUGACGGUUUGAUGAUCAAGGCGAUACAGGUGCUUCGCAUCCAUCUGCUGGAGUUGGAGAAGGUACAGGAGUUGUGCAAGGACUUCUGCAACAGGUACAUCACGUGUUUGAAGGGCAAGAUGCAGAGCGAGAACUUGCUGCGCAGCGACUACAGCCACCAUGGACACGACAUGGGUCCGUCGAGCGGGAGCAAUGGCAGCAGUCCGUUGCAGGUGCUGUCAUCUACAGGCAAUGAUGUUGAGUCGGGAGCUAACGGAUUCAGAGUGAGCCGAGGGGACUCCCUGGCGGAGAACGACGGCGCGAGUCAGAUCGCGCGUGAAGAGAGCGUCAGUAACGACCAACCGUCGUCGGUCCGAUCGUCUUCCGCCGUCCAACGUUCGGCCAAACCCAGUAGCCAAGACCACGACGAUCCGCUCUCACCGUCCGCGGUACACGGCAGCACGCCUCUCUCGCAGAUCGGAGCGCAUCCGUGCGCUCCGGUUAACGAUAUGUAUCUCGGUCAAGAUGACGUCGAUUAUGCGCAGACUAUCUCUGACAGAAUAUAUCUGGAAGAAGCUGGAUAUUGGGGACUUGUUGCGUUGCGAGAACGUGAAAAAGAACACGCAGGCUGUGGAAACGUUAACGAUGAAAAGUAUUUCGAUAUUACUGUUACAGGCUCGCCUUCUCCCGCGGCGAGCGAAGACGAGGACGAAGGUUGUGCUACCACCGGCAACGCAGCUUCGAAUCACUCUGGAAAUCAUAGAAGUAACCACGGUAGCGCCAGGAAGGGACGCCAAAAGCGGGGUGUUUUGCCUAAACAAGCCACCGGAAUUAUGCGAUCGUGGCUCUUCCAGCAUUUAGUACAUCCUUACCCGACCGAAGACGAGAAACGUCAAAUCGCCAGUCAGACGAACUUAACGCUGUUACAAGUGAACAAUUGGUUUAUCAACGCCCGUCGACGUAUCCUCCAGCCUAUGUUGGACGCCGGCGCGGAAGCGGUGCCGCGCGUAGGUAAACGUCACAAGGUUUCGAAGCACGCUGCCGUGCAACAACAGACGCCGCAGCAGCAACAGCAGGCGGGCUGGCAGUCCGAAGAUUCGGCGAGUGACUCGGGCUCCAGCGACGGCGAGGGAGAUGCCGCCAGAUCGAAAGACGGUAACGAUAGCGAUGAAGAUGAUCUUCACUGACCUCUGUCGAUCACCGAAACGUCAACCUCUUUACGUGUUAGGUUUCGACGUAAUACGAUAAACGUAAGCUCGAGGAUUAGUUGCUCCAGGCUGACUGUAUUCCGUAGAAAAGCCUCGUCGAUCAUCUUGCCUUUGAGAAGAAUCAAGAAGCGUAGCGAGAAAUGUAGAAACUUACUGUACCUCGGCUUCGCGUUCGCACCUCAGUUCCGCCCGUGUGUCACACAUCAUCGUGUCAUUUUAUCGCGAAAUCAGUUAUCGAUAAGUAAACCGAACACUAGUCAUCCGAUCGUACCAGGAAAAAUGUGUCAUACGAAGUAGCCUGUCGGAGCGAGGUUGCCUUAAGUAGCCAAAUAUUACUUUUCUUCCCCCCCUGUACUUAUACGAUAAUCUUCUCUCUUACGUUGAGUCUCCCGAUGUACAUAGCCGAUUGACAGAGUGCUUCCAUUAGUAGCUUGCGAGUGAUUCAGAUCGAACGAACCGUCUGUGUGUUGUACGCGCUUUCUUCUUUCUUCUCUUGAACAUGCCGAUUUUCGCGUGUGAUAAACUCGUACAACUCCGAUCACGAUAUAUAUAUAUAUCAUCGUGUGUGUGAGGUCGCGCGACGCAAAUCGCUACGUCUCUACAGCGAUGAAACCUCGCGGUAAAACGAUAUCAUCAGUUGCAGACAGCUGACAGUAUAGCUCCAUAUACGGUGCUGCGACAUCAGUUCGCUUAAAGUAAUAAAAACGAUCGGCUGUAACCAAUUCUGCAGAACGGACGGACGAGGGAAUAGCGUGUGUCUAGGCGUUUCUAUGCUCACAUUACUAUUCUUCUAAUUCAAAGAGAAAUGAGCAAAAAAAAAUAAGAAAAGGGAAGCCCUCGGCUUCACACUGAUGGGGGGGGGGAGGGGGUGCAUUUCCUCCGCAUCUGCUAUCGUUGACGCGACCGUUUGCAACGAGCAAUAACGUACGCAAUCGUAGUCCAACCGUAUGAAGAAGAAAUAAUAAUCGUUUCUCUAGUUAGUUAUUGCUUUAACGAACCACCUCGUACGGGACUAUACUGUAUUCCUCGAAGUAAGUCGAACUUAAGAUUAACGCUAGAUUAAGAGGUAGGUCAUAAGGCUGAACCACGUAUACGUAUGUGCUGCGGCACCAGACGACUGUGAUAAUUCGGUGGGCGGUGCCCAGCCUCCUACUUCAUCCUUGUAUACUGAAAAAGUUAGUUGAAGAAAGCGUAAGAAAAACGAUUACCGAAGAGGUUGAACGUGUGUCGGGGACGUGCAUGUUGCGGUGGAAACGAUUUUUUCUCAUCCAUAUGCACGCGAGCGCGGCUAAAAGAGGAGACCCAGUGACAUGUGACUGUAAACUUGGCAUAUUUUCAUUUAGACGUAAACGCGAACUCGUUUCUUUUCUUCUUCACAUGGGUAUGUCCAUAUAAAAAAAAAAUAUUACGACGCGUGCAUAUGGACUCUUCGUACGUUAGAGAACGUAAAACAUUCGCCGCAUUUAACGUCGAUGCGAAAUUUAUCUAUCGAAAACUAGAUUUAAAGGAAAAGUAUGAAAAAAAAAAUGAAACAAAAAGAUAGGAAUGGGUGAGAAGAGGUGUAAACACGUAGCUUUUUUCCGGUGUGUGAUGGCUGUAACAGUUGGUUACGCGACCGUUCAGACUCGACCCGGGACUUCGUCCUUCGAUGAUUUCGUCCGAAUUUUUACGCACGAAUAUACUUUGCGAAAGGUGACGUUGCCUUCGCAUCGAUCGCUAAUACGAAAUAGCAAGUCGCUUUCGCCUAAGUUCCGACAGAACGUCCGCAGUAUUUGUGUAUGACGUAAAUACGCAAUGGAAAUGAAUUGUUUUCGUAAUUUCGUAUAUUUGUAUUGUACAGUUCUCGAUAUCCAAAUCCGUCUUCUGAAAGGUGAAGAGUUUGCCCAUUCCUAACUUUGUCCAAAUUUUACGCCGUAAAUGAAACAUAUUACAUAUUUACAUGCAUACUAAAAAAAAAAAGAAGCAUAGAUAUAUAAAUUAAAUACUUCUUUCUCGUGUACAUCAAAGCCCUGUUAAAUAAGUUGUUUAUCGAUAAUAAACGCCAUCACGCUUGCA